GCCGUGUCUGUGUCGGUGGCAGUGCUAACCCUCAGCUUCAUCGCCCUGGACCGCUGGUAUGCCAUCUGCCACCCCCUGUUGUUCAAGAGCACGGCCCGGCGUGCCCGUGGCUCCAUCCUGGGCAUCUGGGCUGUGUCGCUGGCUGUCAUGGUGCCCCAGGCUGCCGUCAUGGAAUGCAGCAGUGUGCUGCCCGAGCUCGCCAACCGCACCCGGCUCUUCUCUGUCUGCGAUGAACGCUGGGCAGAUGACCUCUAUGCCAAGAUCUACCACAGUUGCUUCUUCAUUGUCACCUACCUGGCCCCGCUGGGCCUCAUGGCCAUGGCGUAUUUCCAGAUCUUCCGCAAGCUCUGGGGUCGCCAGAUCCCGGGCACCACAUCGGCCCUGGUGAGGAACUGGAAGCGGCCCUCAGACCAGUCGGAGGAGCAGGGGCAGGGCCUGGGCGCAGAGCCCCCGCCGCCGCGGGCCCGGGCCUUCCUGGCUGAGGUGAAGCAGAUGCGCGCUCGGAGGAAGACAGCCAAGAUGCUGAUGGUGGUGCUGCUGGUCUUUGCCCUCUGCUACCUGCCCAUCAGUGUCCUCAAUGUCCUUAAGAGGGUGUUCGGGAUGUUCCACCAAGCCAGCGACCGAGAAGCCGUCUAUGCCUGCUUCACCUUCUCCCACUGGCUGGUGUACGCCAACAGUGCGGCCAACCCCAUCAUCUACAACUUCCUCAGUGGCAAAUUCCGGGAGCAGUUCAAAGCUGCCUUCUCCUGCUGCCUGCCCCGCCUGGGUCCCUGCGGCUCUCUGAGGACCCCCAGCCCCCGCUCCUCUGCCAGGCACAAGUCCUUGUCCUUGCAGAGCCGAUGUUCCGUCUCCAAAGUCUCAGAGCACGUGGUGGUCACCAGCGUCACCACAGUGCUGCCCUGAGCGAGGCUACCCUGUGGCUCCAGGGGGUGCAACCCGUUCUCUGCCUGGACUGCUCCUCUGGCUCCUGGGGGACCAGCCCUGACUGCUAUGGACGCAGUGCGAGGCCAGGGCUCCGGUCCUGGUUUUCUACCUGUUUGACUCUGAGCAAGUAACACCCCUUCUCUGAGCUGUGUCCUCUAAACAGGAUUGAUGUGAGGAUUAAGCAUGCUCAAGAAAGUGGAAAGCUCUCUGUAAAUUGUAGUGUCGUGGACAAGAUCAUCAUUGUAUUCCUCACUCGGCUGUCCCUCACAGUACCAUCGAUCCUCAUCAUCCUUCCAGAGCUUGGCCUUCUUCCCAAAGACCCCUCUCCUCCCUGACUACAGGCCUUCCCUAGAGCCUGCUGGGAGGGCCCCGCAACCUUUCCAUCCAGCCCAGUGACUCCCUAAGCCCAGGCUGCACUCGGCCAGCCCUGUCCGCUGCCCGCCUGAACAAACCGGGCCCAGCCCUUCCCUGUGGGAAUACAGCCCCACCCUCACCAGGUGCCACGUGCACACACCACAGACUGGAUCCUUCGGCUUUGUGGUGUGAUAAAACGCUCUCCAUGUGACCAUUUGGCGUGGAGGCCAGCAGCCCAAAGCAAUUGUAAUUAAAAGCCUGGCACUGAAUGUUCCCUUUCCUUGUCAUUGCACAAAAUCUGUGCCUCUGAAGUUAAAAGCGAGGAAGGUGGGGAAGUCGGGGGUGGGGUGGGGAGAGGACAAGGUGGCAUGGAAUGCUGUCUGCUGACUACUCCCACCUCCAUCCCCCACACCGGAUCCCUGUGGCUCCUCGCCAGGCCUCAGAGCACACGUGGUGCUGCUUCCUCAGGCAGUGCCCAGGACCUCAACCCUUGACGUAUCUGUCUGCUCAUGGGCCCAGUGGG